GAUUGGCACAUCAGUGAUUCUUCCAGUGCCUACAUCCCGAUCCGAAGAGGCCUACUGCGCUGCCUUAAACAUGUGACCAAUGUGCGAUCGGGAAGAGAAGCCUUCAUACAAGCCCGGGGAAUGGAGAUACUCUACAAUACAGCACAAGAAUGUUUGCGUGGGAAAAACCUGGACUCUUUAGUCAGUGCAGCAAUACAGAUUUUAAGAAAGUGCUGUCCAAAGUGCACACUGCCACUGUGCAGUAUUAAAAGCUCCUAUACCUAUCCCGUGCCUGGAGCAAGCAAGCCAAUC